AAAGUUUGAAACUUGUAAAGGUCCCAAGCAGUCAGAGUGUGGCCUAUUUGAAAUCAAAAGUUCAAAAAACAUGUCGGACAUAGUAUUCAACCUAGAUUUUCCUAGGGACUGUCCAGCUACCUCGGCUAAAAUAGUAACUAGCACAAUAACCAACAAUGUUACAAAAAAGUUGUGGAACUACGCUCUGAACAAACCCUGUGAACAUUUUGUUUUGGGCCCCAUUCUUGUUGAUGCGUUCAAUUUGACUAAGAAUUGCAAAGUUAACAAGGGUCGCUACGAGGUACACCUCGACUUCGCAGCGAAGGCUAAGAUGUUUUUGGGCACGAGUUUCUUUUACGGCGAGUACGGGUUCAAAACAAUGUCUUUUAAUAAGGUAAACAACUUUUUCUGUGUAUACGCAGUGUUGAACAUUAAGAAACCUGAUUAAAU